AUGCAACUUCAAAUAAAGACAGCUUGGAAUGAAAAAUUUACAAUUGAAUGUAAAUUAACUGAUACGGUAAGAACAAUAAAAGAAAAAAUAGCAACCAAAAAUCUUAAGGACAAAUAUGAGACCGAUGCAACAAUAUUAAUUUUUUCGGGAAAGAUUCUCGAAGAUUCAAAAACACUUGAAUCUUAUUCAAUAAAUCGAGAUAGCUCUCUUGUUGUUGUUAAACAAGCACCAUCUAAAAAUCCACCAAGAUCUGCAGGUUCUGCUGAUACACCAAGCCAUACUACUACCUAUGCUAGGUCAUCAUCUGUUGCACCAUUAACAACAAGUUCGGUUCCACAACAACAACCUCGAACAACUCCAUCAACUGGCAAUACUCCUGCUGCUUCACAAGAUUCAUUUUUAUUACCUGAAACUCGUGAAAAAGCUUUAACUGAAUUAACUGAUAUGGGUUUUGAUCGUACAGAAGCUGACUUAGCAUUACGUGCAAGUUUUUAUCAUGUAGAACGUGCUGCUAAAUAUUUAAAAAUGGGUAACAUUCCUAAUCUUAAUGAAAGACCUGCAUCAAGUCAAGGAGAUGAAUCAGGACAAACACCUGCUGGUGGCCGACCACCUGCUGCAUAUAAUUUAUCCAAAUUGAUUCGAAAGCCAAGUUUUCGAGCACUACGUCAUUUAAUUCAAGAAGAUCCUGAUAGCCUUCAAAUUGUUAUGCUAACAUUACAAGUUGUUCAACCGAAAAUUUUUCAAAUAAUUAAACAACGACAACAAGAAUUUCUUGAAUUAGUAAAUGAAGCUGAUGAACGUGAGGGUGGUGAUGAUAAAGGUGAGGAAGAUGAUGAUGAAAAUGAAGAAGAAGGUGCUGAUGAUGCAUUACAAGGUGAUGCUGAAGUUGAAGCCGUUGGCGGUCAAGUUCCUCCAGGAACAAUUACAAUCAUACUUUCAUCUGAAGAUCAACAAGCAAUAAAUAGAUUACAAGAUAUGGGUUUUCAACGUAAUCAUGUUAUUGAAGCAUAUAUUGCUCGUGGCCGUAAUGAAAAAUUGGCAGCUAAUUAUCUUUUAAGCCGCAGUUUCGAUUAA